UGCUUGGCGUGGGUCUCUGUUAUAAAAUAGUUUACUGUUGGCGUGGGUUGAACAUUUCGGCAUUAUAAUAUAAAUAUUCACAACGUUACAAAAUGUCACAACAAUAUAGCCUUCGUUGGAACAACCACCAACCAAAUUUUAUUUCAAUGUUUGAAACUUUACUUACAACUAAAACAUUAGUUGAUGUGACUUUAGCGGCUGAGGGUCAACAUUUGGUAGCACACAAGGUGGUGUUAUCAGCCUGCAGCACAUACUUCCAUAGUCUCUUUGUAGAUAAUCCAUCACAUCAUCCCAUUGUGAUUUUAAAAGAUGUGACAUUUGCCGAUCUCCGUACAAUGGUAGAUUUCAUGUAUUAUGGGCAAGUAAAUGUAACGGAGGAGCAGUUACCGCAGGUGUUGGAGACUGCAAAAGUAUUAAAAAUCAAAGGGCUAACAGAAAUGCCCGAUUCCACAUCUCUCACGAGGUCAUCUGAUUAUAAUUCAGCUGACAACUCUCUGGAAACCCAAAGGCAAUCUGCUUCUCCAUGUUCACCUACAAGGCGCAAAAGGCGCAGAAAAAGUUCAUCAGGAUCAGUAAACUGUAUUGGCGAAAAUAUUAGAAAUGAUGAAAUUGAUCAAAAUAUUAACAUGACAAGAGAGCUGCCAACCGUAACAUUAAGUAGCUUGCCACACAAGCGCAGGGAUGACAAAAUUGAGGAAACUGCCCAACAGACUGGGGAGCCGUCAAAUUUAAAUAUUGAUUUAAAUAUGGAGGCAAAUAUUAUACCUCAAGGACAGUGGAGUAUGCUGGAAUACCCCCGGUAUACGAACCCCUGCCUCGGAGGCGGCGCGCUGCCGCCAGACCAGGGCAUGUACAUUAACAACGUCAUGAACACCCAUGCGGACGCAGACCUCAAUAGCUACGGACAGCUGGGCAUCGCGGGCCCUGCGCCCGGCCCAAGCUGCGUCGCCGACUCCCAGGCCGUGCAGAACCUGCCCCAGACUCCCGUCGCCAAGAGACGCCGCACCACCAACCCCCAGGCCGAGGAGAACUUCCAGCGGGCGCUCGAGGCCGUCCGCUUCGGCGGGAUCGGCUUCUGCAAGGCGGCGCGGCUCUUCGGCGUCAAUAAUAGGACGCUCUGGCUGGAGUAUAAAAAGAAGGGGUACCCCAACAACAGGCCUAGCAUUAAAAGCAGAAUUAAGCGCGAGCACGUGACCCCCCCGCCCGAGCACAAGGACGAGCCGCGCCAGGCCGGCACGCAGAUGGCGUUCUCCGCCUGCCCGCCCGCCGUGCCCGUCGGCUACAUAGACACGCCGCCCGUGGGGUUCUCUAUGCAGGUCGGCAGCACCAUUAACUUAAACCUGAACGGAAUGAACUUCCCGAUAAAAGAUGUUAAAAAUAGUGGUCCAGGUCAUAUACUCGUUGUUCCGAGCGAGAAGGACGAGACAGAAAAUGUUAAGAAAAAUUUGAAUCCGCUCAGUACGGUAUUCCUACGGCAACGACGGUCAAAGAUCUUCAAGAGGCAGUGCAGGGUGAGCCCGGAGGAGCAGGAGAUGAAGAAGCAGGCAUCGGAGCCGGCACCGGCGCCUUCCUCCGCCGUGCCCAUUCUGCAGAAACACGACUCCUACCCGCAGUAUAAACCACCAAAGGUCCAGACUUCCGACAGUCGGCGCCUCAAAGCGGAGCAGUCGGUGGGGUCGCUCCUGAUUCGCGCCUUCGCGGUGGUCGACACGUCCGGACAAUCGCGGGCGCAGACCUCCACGGCGACCCCCAGUGUCAGCUCCGCGGAGGACGCGCCGCAGACGCAGCGGGCGAGCCACACGCCGGCGGUCCGAUCCGGCCCGCCGCUCAGCUGCAACUUCUGCUGGAACACGGUGGACGAGUGCGGCAGGAUCCUCCGCCGAAAGACUCAAUACCACUGCCCGGAGUGUCGCACCAACCUGUGCAUCGUGCCCUGCUUCCACGAGUACCACGAUGGCCCGGACGCCGAAGCGAGCGCCAGCGCUAGGUGAAUGACCUCCCAUCUCAAACUGGCCCGUCGACUUGGUUUUUAAACCUAUUUCGAAGCGAUCUUCUCAGAUCCAUGUGCGCUUUUAUGAACUGUUUAGUGUUUUAUGCAUCGCACGAUGUGUAUGUUAAUCGUUACGACCUAGUUGUGUAUAAGCUCGGAUUAAAUUCACAUUUCAAAGUAGGUACAUGUUAAAUCUUCUAAAAUAUAAAUAAUUUUGGUUGAAAGUAGAAAAUUUAGAGUUAAGUUUGUUAUUGAAUAAAAAUUACCGUUACUGUUAAUAUGACCGAAUGAGUGAGACACGUCAAUUUACGAAUGUGCUAUGUUAGAGAGAGCGGACAUAUUUUAACCUAACAUUAUUUUCAUAAUACUUACAGGGUCAGGUACUGGUGAGUGCUUACACUUCUACUAUGAAUGAAUGCUACUAUAUUUUAUUAAUCAAAGUUAUAUUUACUACUCCUAUUAUAAAAAUAAGAUUAAGGUAUAUUUACAAAUAUGUAAUGCAGAAUGCUUUACGUAAAUGCAUGGUGUAAAAAUUAAGAAGUAUGA